AUGGCCUUGGGAACCCUCCUCCCUGCCCUCGGCGGGUUGCUCGUCGCCUUUCUGCUAUACGCAUUCCUCUUCAUCGGGCGCCGCGAGAAAGGUCUUCCCCCUGGCCCGCCCACAGCACCGGUUAUUGGGAACAUCCAUCAAAUCCCAACCAAAGGAUCUUACCUGACCUUCACAGAAUGGGCCAAGACAUAUGGCGGCAUCUUCUCCCUCAAGCUCGGUCCUGGAACCGCCAUUGUCCUCACUUCUCGCCACCUGGUGAAACAGUUGAUCGACAAGAAAUCAAACAUCUAUAGCGACCGACCUCACAGCUACGUCUCGCACAACCUGAUCACAGGCGGUGACCAUGUCCUGAUUGCACACUAUGGCAAAACCUGGCAGAGGUACAGAAAAGUGAUCCAUCAGCACUUCAUGGAAUCAAUCGUGAUGAGGGAUCAUUUGCCAUUGCAGCAAGCUGAGGCCAGCCAACUGUUGAAAGACUUCCUCGAGCGACCGGAUCAGCACAUGGACCACCCGAAGCGCUAUACCAACAGCAUCGCCUGCGCGACCAUCUGGGGCGUGAGAUCUCCGACAGUGGACACUCCACAUAUGAAACGCCUCUAUGAGCUGAUGGAGAAUUGGUCCGUAGUCAUGGAACCGGGCAACACCCCUCCGGUCGACAUCUUCGCCUUUCUUCACUAUGUUCCUGAACGGCUUUUCGGGAACUGGCGCUCACGAGCUAAAGACGUCGGAAAGGCAAUGAACGAUCUGUACAACGAUAUGUUGACCGGUCUCGAGAAGCGCAGGGAAUCAGUGGGUAGCAAGUACUCAUUCAUGGACAGAGUCCUCGACCAGAAGGAGAAACUUGAGUUGAAUCGGCAUCAGCUCUAUUUCCUGGGUGGCACAAUGAUGGAAGGAGCAAGCGAUACCUCCUCGAGCAUCGUCAUCGCAGCCAUACAGGCGUUCACCAAGUGGCCUGAGGUCAUGAAGAAAGCGCAGCAAGAAAUUGACAGCGUCAUGGGGGAAGACCGAUCUCCUGUGUGGGCGGACUAUGCACGGUUGCCGUACGUGGCUACAACGGUGAAAGAAGCGAUGAGGUGGAGACCAGUCGUACCGUUGGCAUUUCCGCACGCUGUGGAUGAAGAUGACUGGAUUGAUGGAUACAAGAUCCCCAAGGGCUCGGUCAUCUUCAUCAACGCAUGGGGCAUGCACCACGACGAGAAGAGAUUCCCCAACCCAAACACAUUCGACCCAGACCAUUACAAGGGCGUCACAGCACUUGCUUCAGAACUAGCUCAAGCCAGCAACCCGGACGACAGGGACCAUUAUGGGUACGGCUCCGGAAGACGUCUGUGUCCCGGCAUUCAUCUUGCCGAGAGGAAUUUAUUCCUGGCCAUUUCAAAGCUGUUGUGGGCAUUUGAAUUUGCGCCGGGAAAAGACAGUGAUGGGAAGCCUAUCAUUCCCGACACCGACCCGACUACGGGAUAUAGUGAAGGGUUUCUGGUGUGUGCGAAGCCUUACGCUUUGGACGUCAAGGUAAGAUCGGAAGCAAGGCGAGAGACCAUCUUGAGGGAAUAUCAAGAGGCGAAGCGGGAUGUGUUUUCAGCGUUUGAUAACUAG